ACAUCAGCGAGCUGACGUCACGCGCAUCGUGACGUUCCGUCGUCGGGUCCUCCCAUCAGAUCAUUCCUGAUGUCUCUUUUGUUGUUAGUCGAGAGAGCCUGAAGUCUGCUAGUACUGAAGGCUAGCAACUAAGAGUACCAGAGGCGAGACCUCGCGGACCCCUGCUUCCCCAAAGUAAGGUGACUCGUUUUCCGAAAUGACGCGCUGGCAGCUGACGGCGCAGGCACAGGCGCUCGCCGCGGUAUCCCUGGGAACGACGCCGCACGUAGCCGGGGCUGGGUGGGGGUGCGCGUGCGCUUGCGCAGUGCGCGGCUUUUGCUCGGACCUGGAGUAAUGAGAGUGGACGUUUGAUUCCAACACGAUGGCCCAUUUCUCCAGCGAGGACCAGGCGAUGCUGCAGGCGAUGCUGAGGCGGUUGUUCCAGAGCGUGAAGGAGAAAAUCACGGGUGCCCCUUCCCUGGAGUGUGCCGAAGAGAUUCUUUUACAUCUGGAGGAAACUGAUGAAAAUUUUCACAACUAUGAAUUUGUGAAAUACCUCAGACAGCAUAUAGGCAACACUUUGGGUUCUAUGAUUGAAGAAGAAAUGGAAAAAUGCACAUCUGAUCGGAAUCAGGGUGAAGAAUGCGGCUAUGAUACAGUUGUACAGCAGGUCACUAAAAGAACUCAGGAAUCUAAAGAGUACAAAGAAAUGAUGCAUUACCUGAAGAACAUUAUGAUAGCUGUGGUCGAGUCUAUGAUUAACAAGUUUGAAGAAGAUGAGACACGAAAUCAAGAAAGGCAGAAAAAAAUCCAAAAGGAGAAAAGCCGUAGUUACUGCACAGACAAUUGCUCUGAUAGUGAUUCAUCAUUCAAUCAGAGUUACAAAUUUUGUCAAGGAAAAUUACAAUUGAUUUUAGACCAGUUGGAUCCUGGGCAACCUAAAGAGGUGAGAUAUGAAGCCUUGCAAACAUUAUGUUCAGCUCCUCCAUCUGAUGUCCUCAACUGUGAAAAUUGGACUACUCUCUGCGAAAAACUGACCGUGUCUCUUUCAGAUCCUGAUCCUGUGUUUAGUGACCGGAUUUUAAAAUUCUGUGCACAGACAUUUUCGCUUUCUCCAUUACAUAUGACCAAGGAAAUUUAUACAAGCUUAGCUAAGUAUUUGGAGUCAUACUUUCUUUCUAGGGAAAAUCAUAUUCCUACUCUUUCAGCUGGUUUAGAUAUAACUAAUCCUAAUAUGACUCGCUUACUUAAAAAGGUUCGUCUUCUAAAUGAAUAUCAGAAAGAAGCUCCAUCUUUCUGGAUUCGUCAUCCAGAGAAGUAUAUGGAAGAAAUUGUGGAGAGUACUUUGUCCUUGUUAACAGUUAAACAUAAUCAAAGCCAUGUUGUCUCACAAAAGAUUUUGGAUCCGAUCUACUUUUUUGCAUUAGUUGAUACCAAGGCUGUGUGGUUCAAAAAGUGGAUGCAUGCGCAUUAUAGCAGAACUACAGUAUUAAGACUUCUUGAAAAGAAAUAUAAGUCUCUGGUAACUACAGCCAUUCAACAGUGUGUUGAGUACUUUGAACUGUGUAAGACUAGGAAAGCUGAUGAAACUUUGGGACAUUCAAAGCAUUGCAGAAACAAGCAGAAAACUUUCUACUACUUAGGACAAGAAUUACAAUAUAUUUAUUUCCUUCACUCACUGUGCCUUUUAGGAAGAUUAUUGAUCUAUAAACAAGGCAGAAAACUAUUUCCUAUUAAGCUGAAGAAUAAAAAAGGUUUGGUAUCCCUCAUAGAUCUGCUUGUUCUUUUUACCCAACUUAUCUAUUACUCACCAAGUUGUCCAAAGAUGACAUCAGCUGCCCAUUCAGAGAAUUACUCUCCUGCAAGUAUGGUGACUGAAGUUCUAUGGAUACUCUGUGAUCAAAAAGAAUGUGCAGUGGAAUGCUUAUAUAACAACAUUGUAAUAGAGACACUUCUUCAGCCUAUUCACAAUUUAAUGAAAGGAAAUGAGGCAUCUCCAAAUUGCUCUGAGACAGCUUUAAUUCAUAUAGCUGGUAUUUUGGCAAGAAUUGCAUCUGAAGAAGAAGGGCUUAUUUUACUCCUUUAUGGAGCAAAUAUGAACUCUUCUGAAGAAAGUCCUACAGGUGCUCAUAUAAUUGCCCAGUUUUCGAAAAAACUUCUCGAUGAAGAUAUUUCUAUAUUUUCUGGAUCAGAAAUGUUGCCUGUGGUUAAAGGAGCUUUUAUUUCUGUGUGUCGUCACAUAUAUAGUACAUGUGAAGGCUUGCAGGUGUUAAUCACUUAUAAUUUGCAUGAAUCUAUAGCAAAGGCAUGGAAAAAGACAAGUUUGCUAUCAGAAAGAAUUCCUACUCCAGUAGAGGGUUCUGAUUCUGUUUCUUCAGUAAGCCAGGAAUCCCAAAACAUUAUGGCUUGGGAAGAUAAUUUGUUAGAUGAUUUACUACAUUUUGCUGCCACCCCCAAAGGAUUACUACUUCUUCAAAGAACAGGUGCUAUCAAUGAAUGUGUGACAUUUAUAUUCAAUCGAUAUGCAAAAAAAUUACAGGUCAGCAGGCAUAAAAAAUUUGGCUAUGGAGUUUUGGUUACACGAGUGGCAUCAACAGCAGCAGGUGGCAUUGCACUAAAAAAGUCAGGGUUUAUUAAUGAACUUAUAACUGAAUUAUGGUCCAAUCUGGAAUAUGGAAGAGAUGAUGUUAGGGUAACCCAUCCCAGAACUACUCCAGUGGAUCCUAUUGACCGAAGCUGUCAAAAGUCUUUUUUAGCACUGGUGAACUUGUUAUCCUAUCCUGCUAUUUAUGAGCUUGUAAGGAAUCAAGAUCUUCCUAAUAAAACAGAAUAUUCUCUUCGUGAAGUCCCAAUAUGUGUUAUUGAUAUUAUUGAUAGACUUAUAAUUUUGAAUUCUGAAGCUAAGAUUCGUUCUUUAUUCAACUAUGAACAAUCACAUAUCUUUGGUCUAAGGUUAUUAAGUGUGAUAUGCUGUGAUCUGGACACUCUUCUCCUGUUAGAGGCUCAGUAUCAGGUAUCUGAAAUGUUACUAAAUGCUCAAGAAGAAAAUAUCUUGGAGAUUUCUGAGAGCCACAGGGACUUUAUAAUUGAUGGCUUAUCAGUGGAGAGAAAUCAUGUUCUUGUUAGAAUAAAUCUUGUUGGUGGGCCAUUGGAACGGAUUUUGCCUCCGAGGAUACUCGAAAAGAGUGAUAAUCCAUAUCCUUGGCCAAUGUUUUCAUCAUAUCCAUUGCCAAACUGCUAUCUGUCAGACAUUACAAGAAAUGCUGGUAUAAAACAAGACAAUGAUCUUGACAAGCUUUUAUUAUGCCUCAAAAUAUCUGAUAAACAAACUGAAUGGAUAGAAAACUGCCAAAGACAAUUUUGCAAAAUGAUGAAAGCCAAACCUGAUAUAAUCAGUGGAGAGGCCUUAAUAGAAUUACUUGAAAAAUUUGUGCUUCAUCUCACUGAAAGCCCAUCUGAAUGCUACUUCCCUUCAGUGGAGUAUACAGAUGGAUGCUUCCCUCUCCAUGACAUCCACAUGAUAAUGCCCGACUCACCUGUAAAGUUUCAGCUAGAAUGUAACCUCUCUUAUUCCUAAGCAGGAUUCUCUCUUCUCUGCUCCUACUGCAUUCACUUUAAAGUACCAUUUUGAUAGUUUUAUUAUAUUGUAUAUGGCUAAAUUGUUACAUUAGGUGUCAAACUCCUAUGUAUCUUCAAUAUGAGAUUUAAUUAUAUAUAUAUAUACACAUACUAUAUUCACAUCUAUAUUCAAAGAAACGUAUUAUAGUUCUGUAACAAUUCUAAAUAUCUAACAAUUCACAUAAUUAGAUAUAUGUGAAUAUACAGAUGACCCUAUACUUAUUUACACAUAAUGAUAUCUAAUGCAAACCUGGGAAAGGGGUAAAAGAGACCUAAGAGAAUUAAAACAAAGAAAUGAGAAGAAAAUACAAGAUACUAUUAAACGAAAGUUAAGGUAGGUGAAAGGAAUUGAUAUCUAUUGAUCACCUCUUUUAAAUUAGGUAUUAUGUUGAGGCACUUGAUAUACCUUGUGUCAUUCAACCCUAUAACUGUUCUCUGAACUAGACAUAAUCAUCAUAUUUAAAAUGAGGAAAUUGAGGCAUAGAGGAAAGAAAACAUAAAUUGGGAAGAGAUUUUAAAGGAAAGCAUUUGUGAAGAAAAUUAUAAUCUUAUGAAUGAACAUAAAAAUUUAUGUGAAAAACAUACAGCUAUUAAUGGUUAAGUUGGAAAGUAAUAGGAAACGAGUAAGAAGUGUGAUAGUCAAGGAAAUUUGCAUGACCAAAGUGGGCAUUUCUUUAGACUUAAGCAUAAUAAUCGCCAAUUCAUAUAGCUCUCUUUUGCACAUUGCUUUAUUGGACCAUAUUUUCUGUAGAAAAUCUAAAAUUAAAAUUAUAUUGUAUAUAUUACCUAAAUAUUCAGCAAAACUGAUUGCUCAGUGUGCAUGCAUUACUGCCCUCUGUUAUGUUUCUAAAUUAUGCCGAGUGAGAUCUCAGAUGUCGGCUUUGUUGAAUGUAUUAGCUAGGCAGAUAAACCCUGAAUGCGGAUUUAAAUUCCUUAAAGGUUCCAGCUGAAGCUAUUCACCAGUCUUAUAGUAAAGCCAAAAAAUGAAGUGACUUUCUGUUGAUUGAUUGUUUAAUAUUUAUUAUUUUGAUAUACUGAGCUUGUUGCUAGUACAUUGUUUUCUUCCCAAGGCUUUAGGUAUUCUCAUCCUUUAUAAAGUAUUUUUUUGGCUGGUGGAACAAUGAUUUUUUUAUUAUAGAAUUUCACUCUAUUUGCUUUAAAUUAAAAAUUGUUUUGAUAUAAAAUGUUUUAAAACAAAUACUGGGUAGAUGUAUUCAAUGUUUUUUUAGGUUUCUGGAAAUGAGAAAUUGAUUAUCUUUUAAGAAAUGACAGCCUUCUAAACCCUAAGGUAGUUGAAAUUAGAAUUACACAAUCAUCCAUCUGUUGUUAGCUCCCUCAGGAUUUCAAUCCAUUAUAAAAUUUGCAAAUCUGGAAAAAUCAAAUUAGUUUGGCUGUUUAUCCCUUUAAAGAAAGAGGAAAGAACAAACAGAUAAACUUCUGCACAUUUGCAGUUUGUAAAUUCAUAUAGGUAUCUUUCCAUAUCUUAACAGACAUUUCCUUUUUGUUGGUUCAAUUCCCUGGAACAAGUUGGGAUUUUUUUUCUAGUGUAAUUGCUUCUUUGAAAUGAUAAAUUAAAUGGCCCUUUCAGGGUGAUGUGUAUUUUUAUUUCUUUUCUCUUCGUAAUGCUAGUUAAUCAAAAUGUUAGAAAAAAAAUCAACAUUUUGCUUGUUUCACCUUUUGAUUAUUAAAAUAUAGUUUUAAAUUUAAUUAAAUACACUUAAACACCUUUUAUAUUUUCUUUGAAAAGCAAAAAUGCUCUCUUCUAUCUUACAUUUAUGAAACGUUUGUGAGUAAACCACAGUGUGUGAUAAUUGCAAAGAGAUAUUUAAUAUGAACCUUUCCUCAGGAAGGAAAAAUAGGACAUAUACCUAAAAUUAGGAAUUAAACAAAUUGCAGCAUAUAGUAAGGUAGAAAAUAAAAGAAACAGUUUUUCAGCUGGCUACUUGGUUUCAGGCAAUGUGCUUUUUAAUAUGCUAUUUGAAUUUGGUAAUUGUCAAUGAAGGGUUUUAUUUUAAGGGGGCCACAGGUGUCCAGUAGAAAAUGACAUCAGUGUCAAAUUGGUGCCAUCAUGGAAAAUAAGAGGAGGAAGCGUUAAUAGAGAGCAGGCGUAGUACUUGUGCUGCCUCCUGGGAUAUUAGAAUGGAAAGAAGCAAGAGAAGAGGGGAAAAGUCUUCCAGGCAGGGGUAAUUGCAUAAUCAAGACAUGGAAAUGCUAUUUUUCCCAAAUUACACUGACUACAUCAAUUAGGAGGCUGAGACAUGUACAGUCGACUGGUCACAAGGUACUGAAUUCUGUGGUAGUGAGAACUGAAUAAAAUGCAUGGAUACAAUUACAUAUUAGAAAAGAAGCAACAGAACUUACAGACUGACUUUGGGAAAGGAAGCAGGGAGGAAGAAAUGUAGUCCGUUGAUUCCUUUGGGUAGUAAGAGUUUUCUUAAUUUAGGACAGGUAAGGGAGGGCAUUAGGAGAGUCAGUAAGCAGCCAACCAGUAACUGCCUCUCCAACCAUGGAUUUGUCCUCCAGUGGAGAAAUUCUUUACUCUUCUGAAAAUUUAUUUUUUUCCAUACUAUUAGGAGCCAGGCAGAAUAGAUUUGAUUUCUUCUACUGCUGUUGUUUAUGCUAGCUUUGCAAACCAAAAACAGAACAGAAUGCAUGACCCACACUGAGUGAUAUCAGUUCAUGUGACAUAAAUUUUGUCAACUCAUUUUAUUUUGAAACUAUUGCAUUUAUAGUUAAAAGUAUUGGUUAUUUUGAAUAAUUUAAUGAUUAACUCUAGCUUAGAUUGAAUUAAGCAUUGUUAGUAAGUGGGUAAGUAUGAUGCUAUACAUGUCAUUAGCAUGUAUAGCAUCAUACAUUAUUAUUUUCAUUAUUCUUUUCACAGUGACUUCAGGGAGUGGGAGCUAUCUCUUCUAUGUGUUACUUGAUUUUAAUAUACAGAAAAUAUUUUUAAGUCUAUGUCUGUUUUCUUCUCCAUCUUGCUUCUAGUUUGAUAUUUAAAGUAUAAUUUCUUUUGUUGCUAUUCAUUGGAUGUUGGUUCAUUCAUUUACUCAUUCAUUCAUUCGUUGUUUAUUAAGUAUGUGUUAUGUAUCCUACACACUGUUUUUCCUAGAUCAAUUAAUUACUCGUUACCAGCCAUGCAUAUGGAUCAAAAUCCUCUGAAGACGUCCAUUUUUAAAAUUAUUUAAUUUUACUUAUUCAUUUUUCCCCAUCGAUUUUAUUUUUGAGAUUUCAGUUCCUGCUUUAUAAGUUAAUGUAGUCCAGAGUUUUGUAUAAUAAAAGUUUCUUCCACC